ACUCCUGCGAAAAAAAAACUGUGCGGAAACGAAAUAAAAGCAGGAGAGAGCAUCUUGUGUCGUCUGCGCAAGAGAGAAAGAACACUCGGGGUUAGGAGAUCUGACUCAAUGGCCGCGACCAAGGUGUGCAACGUUAGGUUCGAGGGCAACGUGAUCACCACCACCGUGACGGCCUCCGGCGCGGCCGUGGAGAGCUGGCUCGACGAGAUCCUCUCCGUCCACCGCCGCCGCCUGCACAAGCUCGUCGUCGGGCUGGACGUCGAGUGGCGCCCCAGCUUCAGCCGCGCCUACAGCAAAACAGCCAUCCUCCAGCUGUGCGUCGGGCGCCGCUGCCUCAUCUUCCAGCUUCUCCACGCCGACUAUGUCCCCAACACGCUGGAUGAGUUCCUCAGCGACCCCGACUACACAUUCGUCGGCGUGGGCGUGGCUGCGGACGUCGAGCGGCUCGAGAACGACUACGACCUGGAGGUGGCGAACGCGGAGGACCUGGCCGAACUCGCGGCGAAGGAGAUGGGGCACCCGGACCUCCGCAACGCGGGCCUGCAGGGCAUCGCGAGAGUCGUCAUGGACGCCCACGUCGAGAAGCCGCAGUGGGUGAGGACGGGCCCCUGGGACGCGUCAUCCCUCUCCGACGAGCAGAUCGAGUACGCCACCAUCGACGCUUUUGUCUCUUUCGAGGUUGGCCGGAUGCUGCUCAGCGGCUACUAUUGAUCGAUCGAGCCGUUAAUGCAGGCGGCCGCCGAGAGUUCCGCGUUCUUGAAGUGCUUUUGAUUCGUCAUGCAUGUCCUAGUAGAUUGCUCCCUAGCGCAUUAGAUGCUCUCUCUUAAUCGGUAAAAGCAGGUUUUAGGGGUUUCGGCCCUCCUGGGAUGGAAGAAAAUAAUCAACCAGAGUACCAGACAAUACAAUCGUGGUGGAUUCGUGGAUUAA